AUGGUGGCGUUUUUGUGGACGUUGCUACCGUGCUUGUUGGCACUGCUUGGAGUUGCCGUUCGGUGGUUCCUGCGAAGGCGCCAAACGUUCUGGUCCCGGUUUGGCAUUCCAGCGGCCCGCAACACACACCUGCUGUACGGGAACGUGGCAGGACUCGCGACAGUGCACCAUACGGCCACGAUUUUGCAGCGCCUUUAUCAAGAGUUUCGCGAGCGCCACUUACCGGCCGGAGGAUUCAAUUUGUUCUUCUCACCCGUGCUACUGAUCGUCGAUCGGACGCUAAUCGAGCGGGUGCUGGUGCAGGAUUUCGCCCACUUCCAGGAUCGUGGUUUGUAUGCCAGCAAAACGGUGAACCCGCUGAGCAGCGAAACGCUCUUUUCGCUGGCCGGUGAGCAGUGGCAACGGCGAAGGCUCCAUCUGCGGUCGGCUUUAGAAAUCGGCCAUGUGCGAUCGAUGUUUGCGGCAACCGCGCGAAUCGCGCACAGUCUUGCGGCGUACGUGGUCACGCAUGGCAAUCGGUUGGACCUGGAGUGGACCGACCUGACGGCUCGCUAUACGACGGACGUGAUCGGGAGCAGUGUGUUCGGUAUUGAUUGUCACUCUAUCCGUGAUCCUGGGGCGGAAUUUCGAGCCAUGGGAUACCGGGCGUUUCACUGCAGCUUAUGGCGCAUGUGGAAGCUACGCUUUGGAUACGCGUUUCGUCGUGUGGCCGACGCAUUGCGGCUGUACAUCAACGAACCGUCCGUUGAAAGGUUUUUCCUGCAACUGUGCCGUUCGACCAUACUGCACCGCGAGAGCUAUCAGACGGUCCGGCGCGAUUUCCUGCAGCUGCUAAUAGACAUGAAGGCGAACGGGCAGCUCGACAUGACAGAGGUGGCCGGACAGUGCUACUCCUUUUUCAUCGCCGGUUUCGAAACGUCCGCCAACCUGAUGAGCUUUUGCUUGUACGAGCUGGCAAAGAGCGGUCCGGUGCAGGAAAAGUUACGCUCCAGCAUAGUGGCGGCACUUGAUGAGACCGACGGGCAGCUGAGCUAUGACAUGGUGAUGUCUCUCGGCUACCUGGAUCAGGUGGUCAAUGAAACACUUCGAAUGUACCCCCCGGUAGAUUAUCUGUUUCGCGUGUCUAACUGCGACUAUCCGAUUGAGCAUCUAGGAACUAUCCCACGCGGAACUCUGGUGGUUGUUCCCGUUCACGCUUUGCAUCAUGAUCCCGAGUAUUACCCUCAACCGGAGGUGUUCGAUCCGGAUCGCUUUGGCGGAAACGCCAAGUCGACCAGCCCGCUUCCAGACGCGCCUUUUAUGCCGUUCGGAUUAGGACCACGGCACUGCAUCGGUUCCACGUUUGGGUUGAUGCUCGUUAAGGUUGGUCUGGUGUCGUUGCUGCGAUCGUUCCGGUUCUCAUUGAACACGAAUCGUACACCGGCAAGCAUCAGCUUUAAACCGCGUUCGCUCGUUCUUGCCCCCAGCAGUGGUAUGUAUUUGAACGUUGAACGAAUAUAA